AUGAAGGAUUCAGGUGCAGCUUCUCCUGUGUUUAACUAUGUCUCUAAGAGUGUUGACGAAGUUGCACAGCCACAGUUUGCUUUCGCUUCGUCACCUGCAGUUGGUGAAUCUGUUGACGUAAAAUCUGGUGCCUUUUCAGUCCCCAAACCUGAAAGCUCAAGCAGUGUAUCUGCCGUUGUAGCUGCUGCAACAAAUUCUGUACUCAAACCACUUGAAUCAGAUAAAGCUGAUAAUAAGAAUAAUGCUGGAGUCUCUUUUAGGAUACCUGAAACUGCUGUGUUCUCUGUAUCAUCAGCACCAUCAACCACAGGCAUAUUCUCCAAUGGCACCCCUUCCAAUAAUUCAAGCCUAAAUAAUGGGUCAACCCCUCCAUUUUCUCCCUCUGUUCCUUCAGCUUUUUUGACAAGUCCAAAUUCAUCGGGUAGCAUGACCCUCACUGCCAACACAAACAGUGGUAACAACAUCGCUAGCGCAACUGCGGUCACCACCGACAGUUGCAAUGUUUCUAGCGCAGCUCCAGCACCUUCAUUUUCACCUGUGCCUAAUUUCAAAGUUGAAUCCUCCACAGCUUCAACUGCAGUAACCACCAACAGUAGCAAUGUUCCUAGAUCAAAUCCAGCACCUUCAAUGCCAGCUGCGCCUAUUUUAUUUGAAUCCUGCACUGCUUCAAUUGCAGUUACACCAGUCCCAGUAAAUUCUUCCUUAGACUCUUUUGAAGGAAAGAACAAGGAAGACAAGGGCUUUGGUAAUCUAAGCAGCACCUCUUUUGCUGCCACAUCUGCUGCCAUUCCAAGCACAGGGAGUGGUAUGUUUGGAUUGGUUAGUGGUGGUGCUGCUACGACUUCUGCUGCUAACCAGUCCCAGGGUACUCGUUUUGGUGCUGGCAGUGGAUCUGUUCCUAUUUCCCAGCGGACUGGAAUUGCAUCAUCAGCUGCUUCACCAUCAUUCGAGUUGUCCGGAAGUACUGGACAGUUUGGCUCAACCUCUGCUCCUAAUCUGUUUAGUUCAGGAGCAAGUACUGGACUUGGUUCUUCUGCUUCCUCAUUGGAAGCCAACUCCAGUAGCAGUACUGCUCCUGGCAUAUUUGGUUCCAGUUGGGAAUCCCCUAAGUCUCCUGCAUUUGCUUCCACAACAUCUUUGUCAGCUGGGGUUUCGUAUGGAGCAUCCUUGGCUACUUCUGCACCUACUCUAUUUGGAGGGUCCUCGACUGCUGCUACUCCUAGUAACGCGCCUUUUGUCCUUGGAGGAUCCUCAACUGCUGCUGCUACUACAAACAGGGCACCUAUAUCGUUUGGAGCUUCUGCAGUUUCUUCUACAAAUGCCAAUGGGGCAUCUAUGAUGUUUGGAUCAUCCAAUGGCGCAUCCUCAACUUCGAUGUUCCCAUUCACUUCAUCUGCAGCUAGUACUGCCCCAUCACAGCCUGCAUUUGGCACUGGUGGUGACAAGUCUAACCGAAGAUUUGUGAAGGUUGAACACAACAGGCGGCGGAAGAAGUAAAAGCAUCAGUGGUAAAAUGUGGGUGGUGUGGUGGUUGUUCUCUGUUCUCUGUAUGAGGGUGAAUAACUUUAAUAUGCAAGACUAGAUACAAGAGAUUGCUGGUUCGAUACUGAUGAAGGUAUAAUUUUCCUUCUGUGGUUAGGAAGAUCAGACUAUUCUGUUUGCUCUACAUAUAUAUUGUUUCCCUCUUUCUUUUUACAAUCGAGCCAAAUUUUCGUGGUUGGAAUGAGAGGUUUUUCACAAUUUUAUACCAGUUUGUAGUCGGAACAUUUAUGCUUUUGUAUUAGUACAUGUAGUAGGUGAAUGUUUUUGUAUUAGUAAGUGUAGGUGGUAUUAGGCUUUCUGGCUGGGCAAUUGUGUUAGCAACUGUUUUCUGUGUACUCUGCUAUUUGUAACAUAAAAGGAAACAGCGGUGAAUGUGUCCAAGCU